CGUGACUGCCGGGUUGAAACUCCACAGUUCCACUAAUUUAUCUAAUCUAACCUAACGCACAAAUAUCAUUCAAAGGAUUAUGGUCAAUGAUAUGAAUUUCUUUGUGAAAUAUAGGACUAACGAAGGAACUGAUGCAGCACGCUCUACAAUUAUCCACGAUAUGGCGAAUGAAGAAGAUAUUCUGAAAGAUGAUCUGAAAUAUUACUUCAUGAACCCAUGUGACAAAUACAGAGCACGCCGACAGAUUCCAUGGAAACUCGGGGUGCAAAUAUUGAAAAUCAUCAUGAUCACUACACAGCUUGUCCUUUUUGGGCUGAACAAUCAGCUUGUGGUUUCCUACAAGGAGGAGAAUGCAAUGGCCUUCAAGAGCCUGUUUUUGAAGGAUUACAGUGGAGUUGAUGAGGAUGACUACAGUGUGGCAGUGUAUUCACAGCAGGAUUUUUAUGACAGCCUGUUUUUUGUAUUUGAUCAGUACAGCCAGUUAAAUAACCUCUCCGUGGGCCCUGUGAGCUAUGGCGAGGAUGACAGUAAGCUGGUGCCCCUAGUCAUCUGUAAAGAACACUAUAAGAGAGGCACUGUGGAGCCAUCCGAUGAGUCUUAUGAUAUUGAUGCCCAGAUAGAAACAGUUUGCUUGUCACUUGAUCCUACAAGUCUCGACAGCUGGAAAACAAACAAUGAAUCAUUUUUUGUCCUUGAUUUUUACAGGCUUAUAGAUGUUAAGAUCUCCUUCCAGCUUAAAGGAAUCAACCUACAAACAGUUCGCUCCCGUGAGUUGCCAGACUGUUACACAUUCUUUGUGACGAUUACUUUUGAUAACCAUUCUCAUAGUGGAAAAAUUAAAAUCUUUUUUGACAUUGAUGCAAUAAGCAGUGCUUGCAAAAACUGGAAGAUAUCAGGAACUGCUCGGAAGAACAGCCAUUACCUUCUGGUGUUUGACGGCUUCGUUAUUUUGGUGUGUCUGACCUCUGCAGUACUUUGCACCCGAUCAAUUGUGCUGGCAAUGAAAUUACUUAAGAGAUUUUCCACAUUCUUUCAUGUGAACUACAAACGUAAAGUGUGCAAAGCUGACCAAAAGCAUUUUUUCAAUGGGUGGUACAUCUUGGUCAUCAUCAGUGACAUAAUGGCAAUAGUGGGGUCUAUACUGAAGAUGGAAAUACAGUCUAAGAGUAUGACCAGCUAUGACGUCUGCAGCAUCUUCCUGGGGACCUCAACCCUAAUGGUGUGGGUGGGAGUAAUCCGAUACCUUGGAUAUUUUCAGAAGUACAAUGUGCUCAUUCUUACCAUGAAGGCAGCAUUCCCUAAGGUCCUGCGCUUCUGCUGCUGUGCAGGGAUGAUCUACCUGGGCUACACCUUCUGUGGAUGGAUCGUCCUUGGGCCUUACCAUGAAAAGUUUGAAGGCCUAAGCCGGGUGGCGGAGUGCCUGUUCUCUCUCGUGAACGGGGACGAUAUGUUCACGACCUUCGCUCAGUUCCAGGAAAAGAGCAUGCUGGUGUGGCUCUUCAGCAGAGUCUACCUGUACUCUUUCAUUUCGCUGUUCAUUUACAUGGUGCUCAGCCUCUUCAUUGCACUCAUCACUGAUGCCUACGAGACCAUCAAGAAUUACCAGAAGACUGGCUUUCCAAUGACAGAUCUCCAGAAGUUUCUUAAAGAUCAUAGGGACUUCUCCUGUUCUGAGGACAUUGGGGAAAUGGAAAUGGACUGCCUGUCGUUCAGCUGCUGCAGAAGGCCUCCAAAAGAUGAUGACAUCUUACUUAUUAGUUGAAGGCAACGGACAACAACAACAAAAAACAGUAAAGACUACUGGACGAAGUGAAGACUUGGCAAGGGACUACAGCAUAUACACUCAGUGACCACUUUAUUAGGUAUUUAUUCAAAUUAUUUUUAGACUUACUAGUCAUCCACUUCAAGGGUUACGUGUUGUGUGUUCAGAGAUGCUCUUCUGCUUACCUCUGUUGUAAUGUAUGGUUAUUUGAGUACUGUCGCCUUCCUGUCAGCUUGAACCAGUCUGGCCCUUCUUCACUGACCCCACUCAUUAACAAUGCGUUUGAUCACUGGAUGUUUUUUGUUUUUCGCACCAUUAUCUCCAAAGUUUAGAGACUGUUUUGUGUGAAAAUCGCAGGAGAUCAGCAGUUUCUGAGAUACUCAAACUACUUCAUCUGGCACCAACAAUCAUUCCACGGUCAAAGUCUCUUAGAUCCUAUUCAAAGAGGAUCUGAAUUUCUUCCCCAUUCUGAUGUUUGGUCUGAACAACAAAUUAACCUCUUGACCAUGUCUGCAUGCUUUUAUGCAUGCAAUUGCUGCCAAAUGAUUGAUUGAUGAGAUAUUUACAGUAACAAGCUGGUGUACAGGUCUACAUGGUAAAAUGGUCACUGAAUGUAUAGCACUGCCUGAAAUAACAUGCUAUAUUGUAUAAGAAACACAUUCAAGAUAAUAGCAAUAACUGUUCCACAGGGAGCAUGUAAAAGCUCUUAGUGACAAUGUUCUGUUUAAUGAUGUAUUCCACAUUAUGAAACUAAUGUCUAGGGAAAAUAUAUAUCUGCUCAGCAUUAGCCAUUUAUAAGUAAUAAUAAUAAUAAGUAGCCAUUUAUUGUGUAAUGAAAAAUAAUUUGUAAAAAUGUAUAUAAUAAAGUACUUGGGGAUGGAGAGGCACUCCAUUGUUUACAGUAACUUGUCUGCUUGCUAAACAAAGGCUUGGUUACUUUGUGUUUACACUGAUGCCUCAAUUAUGGGAAUGCAGCAAGGCGCUAACGGAGGGUAAUCAUAGAAAUAGGAAGGUAGUCGCACACUAUUAUGCUCUCCAUAUUAGUAUGCGACUACCUUCCUCUUUUUAUGAUUACCCUCCGAGUAAUCAUAAAGAGUUUUUAGAAAGUGUAUAGUCUCCCCAAAAUACCUGUAUUUUUGCAUCACAUCCAUAGUUAUUUGUCACAUUUUCUGGCCCCUCCCCUCAGCGAAGUGGAUGCUAUGAUAAUAUGCAUUAAAACAUUUCAUCAUAUUAGAA